UCGUAAAAGUGGAAUAAUUGUCGUGUUUAGUGUUAAAAGUGAGCGUGAGAAAGAGCAAAGGACCAGUGGCUUGCUUGCCUUCAAAAUUGGCUUCUAUUUUAUCUUUGUAACGGGUGUAGAGUUUCUUUUCUUUGGAGUUAAAGAAGGAGAAGUAGAGGCAAUUUUGGGCAUCUUGGAGGCAGUCAUCGGGUAA